AUGGCGGGAAAAGUAAGCCUAGCGACCCCCGACGACAUCCCCGAUCUCGUGGAGAUAUUCUGGGAAGCCUUUAGCGGACCCGGAGAAGUCGUUUUUCCGCACUCGGAAGGCGGGCGCAAGUGGCUUCAGCGGAGCUUCGAGAACUUCCUCGGCCAGAAGUCCUACUAUAGGCCUGAAUCCAAGGUUGCUGUCGUUAGGAAUCUUAACAGCAGGCCAGUUGCACUCGCGAUCGCUCAUGUGGUCCACCCGGGCCAGAGUAUCGCGGGGAAGGCAUGGAAGACGCGAUGGACGCGAUGCGAGGAUAUUCCGGGUAUGAGCGAAGACAAGCUCGCUGAAUUCUUCGAGCCUUUGGCUAGAGCUCAUUACCUAGUUGUUGGAAAAGAAGGCCACGUGUUCAUCGAGCUCAUCAUGACGAAAUCGAAUAGCCGAGGAAGGGGAUACGCAUCGGCGCUCAUGGAAUGGGCGACAAAGCUGGGAGAUAGCCUCGAUAUCCCGUGUUAUCUCGACGCUGGGAUGCGAGGUAUGGGGAUCUGCGACCGAUGUGGGUUUAAGGCGCAAGACAUUGAAAUACGAUAUGGAGGCCCACCACCUUGCACACCGAUGCUGCGUACCAAAAAAUAG